CCUGGGGCCACGAUGGAGCGGGACGGCUGCGCGGGGGGCGGAAGCCGCGGCGGCGAGGGCGGGCGCGCUCCCCGGGAGGGCCCGGCGGGGAACGGCCGCGAUCGGGGCCGCAGCCACGCCGCCGAGGCGCCCGGGGACCCGCAGGCGGCCGCGUCCUUGCUGGCUCCCAUGGACGUGGGGGAGGAGCCGCUGGAGAAGGCGGCGCGCGCCCGCACUGCCAAGGACCCCAACACCUAUAAAGUACUCUCGCUGGUAUUGUCAGUAUGUGUGUUAACAACAAUACUUGGUUGUAUAUUUGGGUUGAAACCAAGCUGUGCCAAAGAAGUUAAAAGUUGCAAAGGUCGCUGUUUUGAGAGAACAUUUGGGAACUGUCGCUGUGAUGCUGCCUGUGUUGAGCUUGGAAACUGCUGUUUAGAUUACCAGGAGAUGUGUAUAGAACCAGAACAUAUAUGGACUUGCAACAAAUUCAGGUGUGGUGAGAAAAGGUUGACCAGAAGCCUCUGUGCCUGUUCAGAUGACUGCAAGGACCAGGGCGACUGCUGCAUCAACUACAGUUCUGUGUGUCAAGGUGAGAAAAGUUGGGUAGAAGAACCAUGUGAGAGCAUUAAUGAGCCACAGUGCCCAGCAGGGUUUGAAACGCCUCCUACCCUCUUAUUUUCUUUGGAUGGAUUCAGGGCAGAAUAUUUACACACUUGGGGUGGACUUCUUCCUGUUAUUAGCAAACUAAAAAAAUGUGGAACAUAUACUAAAAACAUGAGACCGGUAUAUCCAACAAAAACUUUCCCCAAUCACUACAGCAUUGUCACCGGGUUGUAUCCAGAAUCUCAUGGCAUAAUUGACAAUAAAAUGUAUGAUCCCAAAAUGAAUGCUUCCUUUUCACUUAAAAGUAAAGAGAAAUUUAAUCCUGAGUGGUACAAAGGAGAACCAAUUUGGGUCACAGCUAAGUAUCAAGGCCUCAAGUCUGGCACAUUUUUCUGGCCAGGAUCAGAUGUGGAAAUUAAUGGAAUUUUCCCAGACAUCUAUAAAAUGUAUAAUGGUUCAGUACCAUUUGAAGAAAGGAUUUUGGCUGUUCUUCAGUGGCUACAGCUUCCUAAAGAUGAAAGACCACACUUUUACACUCUGUAUUUAGAAGAACCAGAUUCUUCAGGUCAUUCAUAUGGACCAGUCAGCAGUGAAGUCAUCAAAGCCUUGCAGAGGGUUGACAAUAUGGUUGGUAUGCUGAUGGAUGGUCUGAAAGAGCUGAACUUGCACAGAUGCCUGAACCUCAUCCUUAUUUCGGAUCAUGGCAUGGAACAAGGCAGUUGUAAGAAAUACAUAUAUCUGAAUAAAUAUUUGGGGGAUGUUAAAAAUAUUAAAGUUAUCUAUGGACCUGCAGCUCGACUGAGACCCUCUGAUGUCCCAGAUAAAUACUAUUCAUUUAACUAUGAAGGCAUUGCCCGAAAUCUUUCUUGCCGGGAACCAAACCAACACUUCAAACCUUACCUGAAACAUUUCUUACCUAAGCGUUUGCACUUUGCUAAGAGUGAUAGAAUUGAGCCCUUGACAUUCUAUUUGGACCCUCAGUGGCAACUUGCAUUGAAUCCCUCAGAAAGGAAAUACUGUGGAAGUGGAUUUCAUGGCUCUGACAAUAUAUUUUCAAAUAUGCAAGCCCUCUUUGUUGGCUAUGGACCUGGAUUCAAGCAUGGCAUUGAGGUUGACACCUUUGAAAACAUUGAAGUCUAUAACUUAAUGUGUGAUUUACUGAAUUUGACACCGGCUCCUAAUAACGGAACUCAUGGAAGUCUUAACCACCUUCUAAAGAAUCCUGUUUACACACCAAAGCAUCCCAAAGAGGUGCACCCCCUGAUACAGUGCCCCUUCACAAGAAACCCCAGAGAUAACCUUGGCUGCUCAUGUAACGCUUCGAUUUUGCCAAUUGAGGAUUUUCAGACACAGUUUAAUCUGACCGUGGCAGAAGAGAAGAAUAUUAAGCAUGAAACUUUACCCUAUGGAAGACCCAGAGUUCUCCAGAAGAAAAACACCAUCUGUCUUCUUUCCCAGCACCAGUUUAUGAGUGGAUACAGCCAAGACAUCUUAAUGCCCCUUUGGACAUCCUAUACCGUGGACAGAAAUGACAGUUUCUCUACGGAAGACUUUUCCAACUGUCUGUACCAGGACUUUAGAAUUUCUCUUAGUCCUGUCCAUAAAUGUUCAUUUUAUAAAAAUAACACCAAAGUGAGUUAUGGGUUCCUCUCCCCACCACAACUAAAUAAAAAUUCAAGUGGAAUAUAUUCUGAAGCUUUGCUUACUACAAAUAUAGUGCCAAUGUACCAGAGUUUUCAAGUUAUAUGGCGCUACUUUCAUGAUACCCUACUGCGAAAGUAUGCUGAAGAAAGAAAUGGUGUCAAUGUCGUCAGUGGUCCUGUGUUUGACUUUGAUUAUGAUGGACAUUAUGAUUCCUUAGAGAUUCUGAGGCAAAAAAGAAGAGUCAUCCGUAAUCAAGAAAUUUUGAUUCCAACUCACUUCUUUAUUGUGCUAACAAGCUGUAAAGAUGCAUCUCAGACUCCUUUGCACUGUGAAAACUUAGACACCUUGGCUUUCAUUUUGCCUCACAGGACUGAUAACAGUGAGAGCUGUGUUCAUGGGAAGCAUGAAUCCUCAUGGGUUGAAGAACUGUUAAUGUUACACAGAGCACGGAUCACAGAUGUUGAGCACAUCACUGGACUCAGCUUCUAUCAACAAAGAAAAGAGCCCGUGUCAGACAUUUUAAAGUUGAAAACACAUUUGCCAACCUUUAGCCAAGAAGACUGAUAUAUUUUUUUUAUCCCCAAACACCAUAAAUCUUUUUGAGAGAAACUUAUAUUUUAUAUAGUCCUCUAUCUACACUAUCGCAUUGUUCAGAAACUGUCGACCAGAGUUAGAACGGAGCCCUUGGUGAUGCGGACAUCUCAGGGAAACUUGCGUACUCAGCACAGCAGUGGGAGAGGGUUCCUGUUGAAUCUUGCACAUAUUUGGAUGUGUAAGCAUUGUAUACAUUGAUCAAGUUUGGGGCAUAAAGACAGACCACACCUAAAACUGCCUUUCUGCUUCUCUUAAGGGAGAAGUAGCUGUGAACAUUGUCUGGAUACCAGAUAUUUGAAUCUUACUCUAUAAACCUUGAUGGCAUUGGGCAAACAAUAGACUUAGUAGGAUUGGGGUAGCCCAUGUUAUGUGACUAUCUUUACAAGAAUUUUAAAGUAGUUCUGGAUUUCUUUUAAGUUGGAGUUUCAUUUCAUUUCAUUUUAAUCAAAAAAAAAAAAAAAAAAUUAAGAGAAGCCAAAAUACUUCUGAGGUCUUUCAGUCUUUGCUGUAUAUCCCCUCAAAAGCCAAAUUGUUAAUCUUGUUUGUUUGUUUUUUUUAAUUUUUUGAUUGGAUUUCUUUAGAUUUGAUGGUUCAAACAAGUUCAACUUUGAGGGACGAUCUUUGAACAUACUUACCUAUUAUAAAA